AUGACUUAAUAGGAUUUCUGGAUCCCUAGAUCGUUAAUGAUUUAUUCUAAAGAAGAAUUUCUGAAUUAUAUAGAUAAAAACUAAAUAAUUUUUCCUGAAUAUCUGAAAGAAAAACUUUUGAAAUGGAAUUCCUUACCUAUUCUAAAUUUUAUUACAACUGAAAUUGAAGCAAGUUUUGGAAGUUUUUUCUGUUAAAUUAUACAACUAUCUUAGAUUUAAAUUGUACGAGAUCGUUUUAGUGAAUUUUUGAACAAAAAAUUUAGUGAUCUAACAUUAGAUAGAUCAAUGGAACUUUGUAAAUUCAUUUUUUAGAAAGAAUCCUUAUAAUCCUUCCCUCAAAGCAAUGAGUUUAAAGCUAUUGGUGAUCAUUUUUUUGAAAGUUUUAUAUAUGAAAAAAAUUAACCAUUAAAGAAACCUUCAUUUUAUAAAUGUCUAAAUGGUAAGGAGGUAAAUGAUUUAAAUGAAUAAGAUAUUAAAUAUAGAAUAGUAUUGUAUUAAACUGAACUAAAUAGUAAUUAAGGGAACUUAUUUUUUUCAACAAAUAAUGAUAUGACUUAGUUAAAAUAAUAAAUAUUAGGAUUUUAUCCUAUCUAUCAAACUCCACCAAAAAAUCAAAUUAAAUUUUAAACUAAUGUAAGCCCUUAUCGUUAAGAAUAAAAUUAGAUUAAUAUUUAAUUAUAAAAUGUAAAUAAAUUAUAAACAAGUGCUAUUGCUUUUAAUAACAAAUAACUUUAAGAUCAACCUAGAAAUUUGAAUCCAUAAAAAGAACAGUAAGAAGGUUUUAUUAAAACUUCUAAUUAAUAGAAUUCUAAUUAUAAUGAUCCUUAAAAUAUAUCUAAUAAUUAUUAAGGUAUUAAUUAGAAUUUUUAAUAAAAUAACUAUUUCAAUAAUUAAAAUAAUCAUGCUUAAUAGGGUUGCAGUAGUUUUUAAAAUAAUAUGAAUUAGUUUUCUAAUAAUUAAAAUAUUAUAAACCGAAAUAACUAAUUCUCAUAAUAAUAAUAAUUCUAGUAAUUCUAAUAAACAAAAAUCUAGUAACCACAAUUAUAAUAAUAAUAAUAAUUCUAAUAAUCCUAAUAAACAAAACUCUAGUAACCACAAUUAUAAUAAUAAUAAUAAUAUUAAUAAUAAUAAUAAACAAAAUUCUAGUAAGCACAAUUAUAAUAAUAAUAAUAAUACUAAUAAUAAUAAUAAUAAUAAUAAUAGCCAAAGUCUGUAAAAUUAUUAUCAUAGCAAAAUAACUCUAAUAAUUUAUAAUAUUUCUAGAAAAAUUCAAGUAAUUCAUAUCCAACACAUUAUAUUGAUAUAAAUUAACUGGAAAUGAAACAAAAAUCAGCUGAUGAGGAUAUAUUUACGACACAAUCAAUUAAUUCUUUACAUGAAAAUAAACCAUAAGAAGUAAAAAGCAGGUUAAUAACUUAUAAUCACAAUAAUUAAUAAACCAAUUAAGAAUGUCAGAUCUGUUGUACAGUUUAUAACAUAAAUUCAGAUUAAGCUAUUAUUACUCCUUGUUGUUCUAAAUUACUUCAUAAAGAAUGUGUUUAAUAAAAUUUACAUAAUAAAGUAUAAUAAAAUAUGGUUUUUAAAAAUAUAAAAUGUUUUCAAUGUGAUAAAUCAUUGGAUGAUAAUUAUAAUUUUAUUAAGUAAAAUAUUCCUCGAUAACUUUUUGAUGAAAUUGUAAAAAAGCAAGUUUUAGCAAAUAUUCCUUUAAAAUGUUUUUCAUGUUCUUUACCAAUUGAUGUUGGCUAGGAUAUCUUAUAUAAAUAGACUUAGAUUGAAUGUAAAAGAUGUCAGAAAAAACUUUGUAGUCUUUGUAGAUAAGAAUAUCAUGGGCAAAAUGAAUAAGUAAAAUUUAAAUAAAUAUACUAGAAUUAAUAAUGUCCAAGUUUAUCUAGAGAAAUUUAAAAAGCAAUGAAAGGUCUUCCAGUUCUUGUUUGUCCUUUUUGUAAUUUAAUGUAAACAAAAGAUGAUAAUUGUAAUCAUGUACGUUGUUUUGGUUGCAAUAAAGAUUUAUGUUCAGCUUGUUCGGUUGAUAGAGCUCCGAUAAUUGCACAUGGCAACCAUUAUCAUAGAAUAGGUUGUUCUGAUUAUCAACCAUGGAUGUUUAAAGGUCAACAAAUUAAUAAAGAAGAAUUUGAUAGAAAAAAAUGUGAAAGAUGUAAAGAAUCAUAAAAGGCAUGUCAAUACCCAAUAAGUUUAGAAGAAUAUAAAAAAUAAAGAAACUUUUGAUGAUAAC